AUGACAAUUUGGGAACGGCAGAGGCGGGGGCGUCUCUAUUGCGAUUCGUUUUUGGCUCAAAAAGGGGUAAAUGGAGUUGAUACAGAGCUUGGCAGGCUCGCGGAUAUACGAGAAAAAGAAUGCCGCUGUGGUGGGGCCGAGAGCGAACAGACGCGCCCGAGACGCGGGCGCGAGCGACGGGUGCGCAGACUUAGCGGGUCGAGGGCGGACGAGGGACGACGAUGGCAGCCGGCAGAGUACCGUCCGCCACCUUUACUGAUCUCAAGAGUUUCAAACGAGCGGGCAUCGCGAGGCAGCCUGCCCAUGAAAGAACAAUCACGUUUCCACAUAACCGUUGAGCUGCGAGAAAAUCAAAUGAUCCUCGAUAACAUGCGGCACGUGCUCCUCGCUCGCGACUCGUGCCUGCCACCUGCCUCUCGUCCUGACCUCUGGCCCAACAAAUGA